CGGCUGCGGAAGCUCGGCGAGGCGGACGGCUGCGAGGGAGGAAGCCGGGAGGCGGCGGGCGCUGCGAGGCCGGGCCGACGCCAUGGGCCGCCUGCACUGCACGCAGGACCCGGUGCCCGAGGCCGUGGGCGGCGACAUGCAGCAGCUGAACCAGCUGGGCGCGCAGCAGUUCUCAGCCUUGACAGAAGUGCUUUUCCACUUCCUAACUGAGCCAAAAGAGGUGGAAAGGUUUCUGGCUCAGCUCUCUGAGUUUGCCACCACCAAUCAGAUCAGCCUUGGCCCUCUCAGAAGCAUUGUGAAAAGCCUCCUUCUGGUUCCAAAUGGUGCCUUGAAGAAGAGUCUCACAGCUGAUCAGGUCCGGGCUGAUUUCAUAACUCUGGGUCUUAGUGAGGAGAAAGCCACUUACUUUUCUGAAAAGUGGAAGCAGAAUGCCCCCACCCUUGCUCGAUGGGCCAUAGGACAGACUCUGAUGAUUAACCAGCUUAUAGAUAUGGAGUGGAAAUUUGGAGUGACAUCCGGGAGCAGUGAACUGGAAAAAGUGGGAAGUAUUUUUUUACAAUUAAAGUUGGUGGUUAAGAAAGGAAAUCAAACUGAAAACUUGUACAUAGAAUUAACCUUGCCCCAGUUCUACAGCUUCCUGCACGAGAUGGAGCGGGUCAGAGCCAGCAUGGAGUGUUUCAGCUGAUGUCUGGCCCCCUUCCCUGCCCCCUCCCCUUCCAUGGGUGGCUGCUCUGAGAGGCGCCUCACCCACAGGCCUGUGGGGUGCUGAUAACAGCCCUGCUUGCUUCUCCUUCUCGGGAGCCCAGGUGCAAAGGUUUCUGGAAAACAACAGGAUUAAGUACUUAAAGAGCCCUACACGAAUACUCUGUGAAUCCUUUGUGAAGGGAACCUCCAGCACCUAUAUCUCCCAGGACACUUUUUAGGUAUUCAGACAGGCUAUUGCUUCUCAGAUUCAGGGGAGGAAAUAAGUUGUCACUUCCCCAUCAAAGUUUCAGAGUAAACAGAUGGUGCCAUCACUCAAGAUGCCCGCUGAUCACCCUCCCCUCCAAAAAGCAAGGGCUUAUUUAUGGCUGAGGAAGAGGCGGACUCGAUGGCUGACACACGUGGGGAGCCCCAGCAAUCUGUGCGCGCCCUGCCUCGGUGGUGGUGGCGGUGGUGGUGGUGCAUGGCUAAUCAGUUUUGAACGGGGCACCUGUGUAUAAAUACUUGCUUCGUCUGCUCAGAAAAGAACCGAGGCCAACCUCUGUCCUCGUUUCGGGUUGUGCCCUGUUGUGUUGUAAUGAGGCUAUUUUAGCUUGUUUUGGUUCAGGCUGACCUUCUCUGUUGGUUAGAUGUUGAAUAAAAAAGGUUCUGAAGAAAA